AUGGAGAAACAGGAGGGACGAGCUACUACUAGAACGAUAUGUGAUUCGAUCUCGAGCUUGCGAGAUGCCAAUGAUGGACUGAAAGAUCUCUUAUGGCAAGAGAGAGCUCCGCUGCCAUUGUGGCCGGAUAUAAUGGGGAUAAUGGAGAGGUCAUUACAAUCAAAGCGCCGAGCUGUUGACCUCGUUGCAGCAAGCCAUCCGGAAACAGCUCGUUCCAUGAGUUCGAGGAUUAUACAGCAAAGCGAUUUGGACCGACUCGACUUACUGAUAAGCGUACCUUACCUGCAAGAAGAAGCGUGCCCUGCUCAAUCACGCCCUGCUCAGCCAAGCCCGGAACAAUACACCCCUCGCACCAGUAGUAGCUUAUCAACGUCAAACUCCGACCACCAGGCUCUUUACGAUAUUUCCGGGCACGUUAACGACUGCAUGGAUAUUUUGCUUGUGGAUUCACCAAAAGGGGAAGUUGAGCACUGUGACGACUUGGGCGAAGUCAUGGCAGACUUUCUCGGAGAUGCUAUGAAUAUCACUUUUGACGAAUCAUUGGACACCAAAACCCGUUGCUGGAAGCAUGGAUGCAACGGUAAAAGUUUUUCUACCCGCAGCAACCUCCUACGGCACCAUGUUGAAAAGGGGAAGGCACGACCUAAAUUCACGUGUCCAGUCUGUGGCGCAUUUUUCAGUCGGGCCACUGCAAGGAAUCAACAUGUGGAGAAAAGAAGUUGCAACAGAAUCCGCCGGUACUCCAACGGGAGAGAAAGGCCGCGCCCUAGAGUUAUAGACUAG